AAUGUCAGUGUCAUUCACGCAAGGUCAAGGUCACGUCACGACGUCAGUUUACCUAUUUUGUUUGUUUUGUUUUCUUUUACAAAUAAAUACGUCCCUAAAGCGGGGAAAUUGUUAUAAACUUAAUAUAUUCAACUUUUUGAUAAUACUACUGAUUUAAAAACAUUAUUUAUACCUUCUUGUAGCAAGUAUUCAUACUAACUUUUAAAAUGCCCCGCGUGAAGAUCGACUACGUAGCUAGCUUCAGUAGUGAAGACCCGGAUCAUCCAGCCAGUAACCUCCUGUCUUGGGAAGUGAGCAAAAAACGCUGGCUAUGCCGCCCUGGGGAAAGCAGUUGUUCUGUAGUGCUGCAGCUCUCGCGGUCAGUCCAGAUAUCAUCUAUCCAGAUAGGUGCAUAUCAUGCAGCUGUUGUGGAAGUGUUAGUAGGAAGGUCUGAAACACCCAAUGACCCAUUUGAAGUUUUGGUCCCAAGUAGUGUAUUCCUUACACCGGCAGAGUCCCGAAGGGAGCCCCAGGAUCGCGUGCGGUCCUUCAGUGGAGACCAACUCUCCAAUACCUCCCAACACUGGGACCGCAUCCGUGUUGUUUGUCGCCAACCUUACAACAAACAGUGCAAGUAUGGCCUAUCAUUUAUUCAAAUUUACGAGCCUGAAAGCGGUCCAACGGCUCCUAAGGCUCCUUCACCGGUACCUCUAGCCGCGUCCCGUGCAAUAGCGGCCAGUACUCAGUUCGGUCACAGCUCGUCUGAUGAGGAAGAUUACCGCCCUGGACAGCUGUUCGCCGCUUUACGAGCAUCUCCCGGUACCAGCACUAAUACUGGGGGUCAAAUACGACAAGCUACUUCACAAAUACUAAAAAACAUUAGUGACACAUCAACGAAAAUAGUUAAAUCACCAAUUGUUAAAAACACUAGUUCUUCUAAUAAACAAAAUGUCUUAGAAACUACUGCCAAUCGCCAUAGAGACAACUUGCUGUAUGAUGAUGAAGAACUACCGCAUAGUAAAAUAGAUUCUGUAGUGCAAAGACAUAAUGAUGUUAAAUCUAAAGAAAAAGAUGCUAAAGAUGCCAAAGAAAAACUUUUAAAGGAAAAGGAAAGGGAUAAGAAACGAAAUGAGAGGGCAACGAAAGAUGAUCGUGGAGCUACUGGUAGCGAUAAUAAUGCUAGUCAAAAUAAGAGAAAAGACGAUCAUAAUGUAAGCAAAAAUGAAAGAAAUAAAAAGGAUGAAACUCUAAAUGAUCAAUUUAAAUAUAAAAAUAGAGAUGACAAAACAAAACGUGAUGACGGUUUGAAAAAUGAUCGUAACAUACAAAAGAACAGACACAAUGACAGUACAGUAAAACCUGGUAGAAGUGAUGAAAAUGAUUCAACAGAUAGGAAUAGGACGACAUCUAAUAAGGUUAAGAAUGAUCAUGAUGGAAACAGGAAGACGGCUAAGAAACGAGCGAGAGAUGAUGCAGGCGAACUUCGCGCCGGGCCUGUGAGCAGCAGCCCGCACACGCUGUUGUCGCGCGCGGCGCUGGUGCUGAGCGGGUACGUGCACCCGCGGAGGGCCCGCGUGCGCGCCGCCGCCGCCGCGCUGGGCGCCGCCGUGCUGCACGACUGGGGGCCCGGGGCCACACAUCUCAUUUGCGCCUUCCCAAAUACGCCAAAGCUACGUCAAGCGCUGGCCAGCGAUCCGUCCACUCCUAUAGCCACCGGAGAGUGGGUGGAGAAGUGUUGCGAGUUGCGGCGACUGUUGCCGUGGCAGUGGUUCGCGACUGAACCAGCGAGACGUGUUCCCAUGCCAGACCUCGACACACUGACCGAUGACAAUGAUGAAAAGGAGUGUGAUGAAGAAUGCGACACUGACGAUGAAAUCGAGAGAGUACUCCGCGACCAAAAGAAACGACGCAGGAGCAACACUCCAGAAACACAAGCAGACAAGUCACGGGACGUUUCGUCAGAUGUCGAGUUCGUAAGAGACGAGAGGAUAAAGGGGAAUCUGACGGUGCAUGACAGCGACAGCGAUAGGACUGUUGACGCCUCACGAUUGGAUGAUGAUGAUGUGUUGGAAGAUUUGGGUGCUACGAAAAAUAUCGAAGAAGACGGCAACGUAACGGAUCCGGAACCAGACGCGUCUCCGGGUCGGAAACACGAACCGCUUCCGAAUUUCUUGGACGGAUACACAUUCUAUGUAGACCCUGACGUGACAUCAGCUGGACUCGAUGUUGAACUGCUCAAGAGAUAUGUACGAGCGUACGGCGGCGUUCUUAUCGAAGAAUGGAGCGAAGCCGACGGGCCCGUAGACUACGUGCUGUGCGCGGAAUCGUCAGCGGUUGGCGGGAAAUGCGUGCGCGCUGAUUGGCUGUGGCGCUGCCAUUCCGAGCGUCGGCUGUGUGACUCCAAAAGGUACCUGAUAAGGGCUGCCGAUACGUAAUUUACAGUACAAAAAGUGCCUCAAAAAAAUAAAAGCCAUUCAAUUUGUUAUUAUUAUUUAAUUAUAAUAUCCCGUUUUAAUGAAUCUUGUUAUGAUAACGGUUUUAAGUGACAUUUUAAUUAUUAAAUAUAUGUAAGUGAUUGUUUAAUAAAAUAAUUGAC